ACCCACACCCACACCCACCACCCUAGUUUGUGGAAUCUCUUUCGUGAAAGAAGUGUUCCGUUAAGUGAAUUAUUGAUUAGAAGUCUCAUGGCUGCAAAUACUCGAUCGAAACAACAAGUUAAAAAUGAACUGACUUCCACCUUGGAGUCUAAUAAUACUUUAUCAUUAACACAAUUAGUUGAAGAUUUGGAUGUUCAUUAUACAAAACAAUCUAAUAACGUUGUUCAACAUACCUUAGAAAAAUGGGAUGCUUAUCGAGAAUACGAACAACAACAAUUAGAAUCAAUUAAAUUACUGACCCAAGAUGAAAUGUUGAAAAUAGAUUAA